UGGUACAUGAACAAACUGUAUGAUCUUCUAACAAAAUGGAGAAAUUCCGCUUGCUUGUGAGAAAAGUUCCAAAAACGGGUGUGGUGGUGGCAGGUGGAGUUACUUACUUCCUAUACUCUUAUAUGAAAAAGCAUGCAGUGCAUUCAGAUGAAGGUAGCUUAGCAGUCGAUGGUGUGCAUCAGAAAUAUGCAUGGGCACCCCUGCCGUCCCGGGCCCAGCUGUUAGAAUCCCUGAAGAAAGAUGAGUUUGAUAUGCUAGUCAUAGGGGGAGGAGCUACAGGAACGGGGGUCGCAGUCGAUGCCGUCAGUAGAGGUUUGAAAACUGCUAUGGUAGAGAAGUAUGACUUUGCGUCUGGGACCAGCAGUAGGUCUACUAAACUUAUCCAUGGUGGUGUCCGAUACCUGGAGAAGGCUGUCUUCAAUCUGGAUAUAGAACAGUAUCGAAUGGUGAAGGAAGCAUUGACAGAGAGAGCUAACUUAAUCGAUAUUGCUCCUCAUCUGGCAUACCCCUUUCCUAUCAUGCUUCCCAUAUACAAAUACUGGCAAAUUCCUUACUUCUGGCUCGGUAUAAAGGCUUAUGAUUUCGUGGCUGGGAAACAGAAUUUGAAAUCAAGUUAUUACCUUGGACGGAAGAAGGCACUGGAGAUUUUUCCCAUGUUAAAGAAAGACAAGCUGCGGGGAGCGUUGGUGUACUAUGAUGGUCAGCAUGAUGACGCACGGAUGAAUGUGAGUCUUGCAAUCACAGCUGUUAGACUGGGUGGCAGUGUAACAAAUUAUGUGGAGGUCUUAGAAAUCCUGAAAACUCCAAACAAUGAAGGGCAGGAAGUGGUCUGUGGGGCUAGAGUUCGAGACAGAAUGACAGGAGAGGAAUGGAAUGUUAAGGCUAAGUGUGUGAUAAACGCUACUGGACCAUACACAGAUCGUAUCCGUACAAUGGCUAACCCUGCGGAGAAAAAGAUCUGCCAGCCGAGUCAGGGUGUACAUGUUGUGCUGCCUGAUUACUACAGCCCUACUUCCAUGGGACUGCUUGAUCCUGCCACCAGUGAUGGUAGAAUCAUAUUUUUUCUACCUUGGCAAAAAGUAACCAUUGCAGGAACAACUGAUGAAGCUUGUGAGGUGACAGACUUUCCAUCUCCAACUGAAAAAGAAAUCCAAUUCAUUCUCAGUGAAAUCCGUCACUACUUGGAUCCUGACGUAGAAAUUCGUCGAGGUGAUGUGUUGUCAGCCUGGUGUGGUAUACGUCCCCUGGUGUCUGAUCCAAAUAAAGCAGAUACGCAGUCAAUAGCCAGAAACCACAUCAUAGAAGUAACACCAGAUAAUCUCAUCACCAUAGCAGGAGGCAAGUGGACAACAUAUCGCCAUAUGGCUGAGGAAACAGUCGAUCGUGCCGUGACUGUGUGCAAUCUGGAGCCCAAGACAAAAUGCCGUACAAAAGGCUUGCUGCUAGAUGGGGCACAUGGGUAUACCCCUACCUUCUUCAUUAGGCUUGUCCAGGACUUCGGCUUAGAGAAUGAUGUUGCGCAGCAUCUUGCCAGUACCUACGGAGACAAAGCCUUCAAAGUGGCCAAGCUUGCCUCACUAACUGGAAAACGAUGGCCUGUCGUUGGCAAACGUUUACACGAGGAAUUUCCAUACAUAGAGGCAGAGGUACGAUAUGCAGUGAAGGAAUAUGCUUGUCGAGCAAUUGAUGUGCUGGCACGGCGUACCCGCCUUACCUUUUGCAACGUACAUGCUGCUGAGGAAGCCCUACCCAGAAUCGUGGAGAUCAUGGCAGAAGAACUGAAAUGGGACAAGAAAAAGCAGAAGGAGGAAAUAGAACAUGCACGGACCUUCCUGAGAAGAGAGAUGGGACUUGAUCUAGGAACUGGAGCCAAAAAUGUGCCUAUUAAUUUCACAAAAGAUGAAAUCAACUUGUAUGUGAAGCGCUUCAAGAACCUAGACAGUGACCAUAAAGGCUACAUUACUGUUAACGACCUUCGUAAAUACUUCAAGAAAAUUGGAGAACGAGUUACAGAGGAUCAACUCCAUGAUAUUCUGAAUGAAGUAGACUUGAACAAAAAUGCUCAAGUAGAUCUCGGUGAAUUCUUACAGCUGAUGAGUGCAUUAAAAAGUGGACAUGUGGCCAACUCAAGAUUUGCUCAAGUUACCCAGAUGAUGCAGGAACGUGACAAGAUUCCAGUGGAAAGAUCAGGUGGUGGAGUAUGAAGACAACUGACAUAAUUAGUAAUAUAGCAGACUUUUUGUAUACUUUAUUGUUGUAGCUCGUGAUAAACAUUCAUGAAUAUUAAUAGAUAGGAGGUUCUUACUAUCAUGAGACCUUGACAUGUGUAGUUUUUCAAAAUUUCUUUAAGCACCUAACUUCUCUUUUACUAAAAGUGUAAUAUUUUCAUAUUUCUAUUAAAUAUACAUCCCAACUCGGACAAAAAGCAGAGAUUAUGAGAGCUGAUGAUCAGAUAAAUAGAUCCUACUUAGGCAAAAGAGAAUCAUCCAUUGGAUUUAUAUUUUAUCAUUUUAAAUUGAAUAAGCAAAAUACUCCAAAGAUAAAAGAUUACCAGUUCAUUUAUAAUUUUCCUCAACUUUCAUGUGUGUUAGGAUUUUAAGAAUCUUAGAGACAACAUUGAGGCAUAAAAUUGGAUAUUUCUCCUGUCAUGUGUUCCUUUUACCCCACAUUCACAUCAGUCAUUAUCAUUAUGGAAUAAUGCUAUAUUUUCAAAUGACUGAAUUUUGAAUUUCCCUCUUUUUAUUAAGAAAAAGAAAAAAGUAAACUGAUAAUAUGAAAGAAAAAUAAAGGUAGGUUUCAAAAUCUCCAGCUUGUUAGGAAAUUAUAGGGUAUGCUAGAUGCAUAUUUGAAAAUUAUAAGCAAUUGAAAUGAAAUGAAGUAUAUUUCCUAAUGGGAGCUAAAUAGAAUAAAUGUAUUAUUGUAUCACCUGUACUUUCAAGUGUAAAGUGACAUACAAAUGUUACGGAUGCAUCUCUCUGUAAACCUUAUCUCUGUAUCUCUUUAUAUUUGUGCCAUCAUCAAUCACGUUUUUUCAUUGAAUUGCUCUCUCUGCUGUUAUAAUUUUCCCUGGUGCUAAUGUUUGGGAGGUAAAACCCACGUACUGCUGAAACAGUGGCUGUAUAAGUGUCCUGUUUAAAUACCAAGUUUUAUUUGUCUUUUCUUAUGUUCCGUUACUAACAAUAAAGAAAUGCCAGGGUCAUUUACAAUGAUUUAUUUUGUCCACAACAUCCUAUUCCCCGACUUGUUGAUUCUUUGCAUUCAGCCACUCUUUUGAUAUAUUUGUUCAAAUUAUAUUUGUAAACAUCAGAAGUGUUCUUACAUGACUGGUUUACCUGACUGGCUGAUUCUAAACAUUUUCACCAAGCUCAAAUAUCAUUACAGCCCUUCAGAAUUAGAUAAUAAUCCAAAAUCAGUAAUUCAUACCCAAAUAUAGUAACAAGGGGCUUCCCAAUAUUCUGUGACAUCAUACUGUAACAGCACUCAGGGUUGAUAUCAUAACCCAACAACACUAAUUCAUACCCAAAUAUAGUAACAAGGUACUUCCCUAUAUUCUAUGACAUCAUACUGUAACAGCACUCUGGACUGAUAUAAUAAUCCAACAAGACUAAUUCAUACCCAAAUAUAGUAACAAUAGAUUUUCCCACAUUUUUUUUGAGAAGUGAUGACUGGAAUGGGAUGGUGUUGUACACUGACAUGUCUUGUUAUGUAUUUGCCUAUUAAGUUUGUUGAAUUUUAAUGUAUAUCAAUUUAUCUAUUAAGUUAACAUUAAUAUUGGUUUUUCAGAAAUUUUCUAUUUACUCCUUUUUCCCUCUAUCCUCGUUUUGAUCUUUUCUAUCCAGCGACAGGAAAUUGUCAUAUUGUAACUUUUAAAUGUUGGGGAAAGGUCAUAAAAUAGAACAGUUAUUAACCUGCUUUCUGGUUAAUAUGGUGAUUUAUCAACCUGCGAAUGUGAUAUUUUCCCCAGCCGUCAGGUUAAUGAAAUAUGGUGUUCACCUGAAAAUAGAUCUACAGACAGUGUCUGUUAAAGUGUCAUUGAACCUGUAACAGCAGUAUCUAUGGAAAAGGAAAUGAAGUACCUGCCAUUCCUAUGAUAAAUUUAUGGGAAAAAAACCCAAAAAAAGCAGCAUACCUUCCCGAACAAGUAUUUUCACUUCGUUGCUGUGCUCAGCACUGACAUUUGGCAACCAGGAAGUAAAACUUUUUUAUUUAUUAUCUUUGUGCAUUUAUCCUCCUGUAUUACUGUAUAAGUCUGCAAACAUGUGUUUAUUGAUGAAUAUGCCAUGCUACAGCAAUGGUUUUGAUGUGUCCACAGUGUCUCCACUGUUCAGAUUUAAUCUUGUGUAGGAGAAUUGUAACACAUAUAUUAAGUUGUAUUGAAGCACUUUUGUCUCAACAACUUGUCUCUAGAACUUGUACCUGUUCAUUCCGGUAUUUCGUUACUCUGAAUUCUGCUACAGAUAAAAUCUCAUUGCAGUGUCUUUUGUCUGAGAGACUUUCUUAACAACAAAAAACUUAAUAUGAAAAAAACCAAACUGAAAUUGAUAAGAUUUGUAUGUGUAUGAUAUCUUUGACAUUGUUAGUGCUGUCAACUAGAGUUUAUUCAUUUUGUAAUGUAAAUUUAACCAUUUUCCAAUUUUUUCCAUAUACUUAUAAAAACAUUAUUAUCUAUUGAUCAAAUGGUGAUAUUUUCAACAAAUUUGUCUCCAAUUUGAAAUGCCAUUUUUAUUACAAUUCCAUUGUGUUGUUUUAAGUGAUACAUGAUAUUUGUCUAAUCCCUCCAGUAAGUAGAACUGUUGCAAUAUCUGUGUGAUGCUAAAUACAUGUUGUUACCUACAUACCCCUUUUUUGUCUUCUUGCUGAUGUGCCCAGCCUUAAUGUCAGAUUUCAUCCCUAUUGUGUUUGAAGUAUGUUAAAUGUAAGAAUGAUCCAGGACAGAAUUGUGCAAAUGUGUUGCAAGUUACAUUAGAAAUUUGUUUUUUUAGCUAUUUAAGGGUGUAUCCCACUUCUUGUUGAGAUAGUACAGCAUCAAUUUAUCAUAAUUUGCCAUUCUAUUGUACAGGCAGAUAAACCUCACUUAGAGAUGAUAAAAACUGUUUUUGUGAUAUAAUCAGAGUUAAAUAGCUUUUUUGAAAGGGAGAUAACUAAAAGUGUUUUUGUUUUGUAAUCAAACUUAAUUGCUUAACCUCCAAGGGAGGUAACUAAAUAUUUAAGUGUUAUUAAAGCAAAGGUCUAUUUCUUUACCCCUAAGGGAGAUAACUAAAAGUUUUAGUAUUUAGUAAGUAGGGGUAAACUGUUUUACCUGAAAGUGAGGUAACUAAAAGCAAGUUUGUGUUUUAACAGGGAUGAGUUUCUCUAACUCAAAAGGAGAUAUCUAAAAAGCUUUUUUUUCUGUUUUGUAAGCUGGGGUAAAUUGCAUUUCAUCAAAGAGCAUUUUUAUGUUGUAAAGAGCUUGAGGUUACUUUUUGCUUUUAGCAGUUACUAUGUAUGUGAUCAGUCAAAUCAGAGAAAAAUAGAAAGAGAGAAGUAAACCUUUGUAUAGUUUUAAUGGAUUUCUACAGUGGAUUGAUGACAUGUAGGUGAGUGUUUAGUGUUUUUAGAAACUUAGAUUUUAAUGAUUGAUCAACUUGUAUGUUUGUGUUGUAUUACUUUGUAUUAAUAUUGUAAACAAAUGUUGCCAGAAGGAUCUGUACAAAUCUCAUUUACACUGUACUUUAAUAUUUUUUCAAAUUUUGUACCUUUGACAGAAAUACUUUUCCAUUCUUAAUAAUACUGUCUUACAGGGUUUUCACCUUUGUUUAAAUUAUUGUUUUGUUUUUUGCUGUGAAAUUUAUAUCAAAAGUCAAAUUGUAUAUUGUUGAUUUCAGUGAUGAUUAUCUAUUUUCGAUGGUAUCAUAUGUUAAAUGUGUCAGUACUGUCUGAUUAAACAAUAGGUCUUAGAUCUGUGGAUGGAAGUUAAAGAUAAGACAAGUGAGCUUAAGUACAUCAGAACAUCUACAUUCAGGUGUGAAUUAUCUGUCAGUGAAAGUUGGAGGUAAAACUGCUGUAAUAGACAUAAGUUUACGUACAUACGAAGAUAUUUUAUAUUCGUAUUCAGUUGUAGACGUGGAUCCUGUUAAAUCAUUUAUUUGAGUCAAUAAAUUAUAGACACAAUAAAAUGAUGGUGUAAUGCUCUGAAAUUUUCCAACGGUUUUGAAUAUAAGUUAUAUACAGCACCACAGAUUUUUUUUUCUCAAACUUAUCUCACAUGUUUGUACAUGCACUGCUCCUCCAUUUCAUCUGACUUGCUUGGACGAUGAGAUUGACUAAACUGUAACAUUUACUGAGAGAUAAAUAUCGAAAUACUUAACAAGUCAACUGUUGAUUAGAUAAUAUCACUAGAGUUCUGUAUGGAGAGUUUUAAUUGUGCUGUUUAGGACACAGCGUACUGGUAACUGUUGAUUAGAUCAUAUCACUAGAGUUCUGUAUGGAGAGUUUUAGUUGUGCUGUUUAGGACACAGCGGACUGGUAACUGUUGAUUAGAUCAUAUCACUAGAGUUCUGUAUGGAGAGUUUUAAUUGUGCUGUUUAGGACACAGCGUACUGGUAACUGUUGAUUAGGACUAUUUGUUUCAAUUUUUAUCAUUCUUUUCAACAUUCAUAUUUACAUCAUGAAAAGUGCUGCACAUACAGUACUACAACAAACCUAAGUGUGUGUUCCUGUUGCCCAUACAGUUUUUCAUACCUUAAACAAUAAUUUACUACUUAAAAUCACAACACAAAAAAAAAGUUUUACAUGUAUCACGGGUUCUGAUGAAAAAAAAUAUGGUUUUGUAUAAUUUUAUUUGCAAAAAAGACCAAAUAUUUUAUGAUUUUGUGACACAAGAAAAAUAGUGAGCUUACGAAUCAGAAAGUGAUUCUCAGAAUCAUGUAAUGGUAUGUAUAUCACAUGUUAUUUUUAACUUUACUUGUUUACAGUCACCAAUGUAGUACUUAUAUAAAGAUAAUUUUGUUAUAAGUAGACACGAAUUACAUAUUGGCUCAGUAUUAUAUAUCUUUCCACCUAUUAUAACUUAACAUCAGACCAAAAUAGAUAUAAUCUGUAGUAUAUACCUUACACUGAUAGUGUUAAAAACUUCUCUUUAUGUUUAAGUUACAAUUUAUUUGUGUUAGAAUCGCAACAGUUUAUAUACUUUUUUAUAUGAUUUCCAAUACCUGUUUUCUUUAUCGUUAAAAUACUUGUCUUGUGUUUCUGAUGUUCAAAUAAACUUUAUCACCUUUUGA